UGAUAUAAAUAGCAGUGUGGGCGGCCGCUCGCGAACUAUAGCGAGUGUCAGGGAAAGGGAGUGCAUCAGGAAAGAGGUCCCAGCUUAACACAAGAUGGCUCGAACAAAACAGACAGCCCGUAAGUCCACAGGAGGCAAAGCGCCCAGGAAACAGCUGGCAACUAAAGCAGCAAGAAAGAGCGCACCAUCUACUGGCGGUGUGAAGAAACCCCAUCGCUACAGACCUGGUACUGUUGCUCUAAGAGAAAUUCGACGAUACCAGAAAUCAACAGAGUUGCUGAUUCGCAAACUGCCCUUCCAGCGUCUGGUGCGUGAGAUAGCACAGGAUUUCAAGACUGAUCUGAGAUUUCAGAGUGCUGCGAUUGGUGCCCUGCAGGAGGCAAGUGAAGCAUAUCUGGUUGGUCUGUUUGAAGACACGAACCUGUGCGCCAUCCAUGCCAAGCGAGUAACCAUCAUGCCAAAGGAUAUUCAACUAGCUCGCAGGAUACGUGGCGAAAGAGCUUAAUUGGAGCAUGCUCGUUCCAUCAACAAUGGACAGCGGGACCUUUUUUAAUAUUGCAGAUUUUACAGAUAUUGUCAGGAUACGGACUUUUAAGGAGUGAAAAUGUGCAAAUGGAAUAUGUGGUAUUCACUGUUUUUAUUCAAUUUUCUAAAGUUUAAUAGGGUGGGUGGUUAAAAUUGGGAGGGGAGCCCUUACUGUUAUCUUCAAAUAAAUACAUCGUAGCUAAAUUGGAACAGAUGCGUUUCCACUUGUUAUUCGCAUGAGGUGCAAGUGGAAGAUACCCAUUGCUCCUCAAGCACUUAAGUUUUUGUUUUGUAUUAUACUUGGGUUUUCUAUCAGACUUUCCUAGAGCAUUUUGUACUAGUCAACUGAAAGGAAUGUACUGGGAAAAAUGCUUCCUAAAUAUUGUGUCAUUCCGUUGGUAACUCAGGAGGAAUUGAUGCAGUCUUACAUCGAGUAAAUUGCAUUGAUCUUUUGUACAUCAAGCUGGAGUAUACAGCUUGGCAGCUAUGUACCUAUUUAUGCAUUGUUUUUCACAUUAUUGAUCUGUUUUUUGGGGAGGGGGGAAGUUAUUGAUUCAUCUUUUAUGAAAUUGUUUAUGAACUCGUUGCUUUUUGUUCUCAUGCAAACAAGUGGUUUUACAUUGGGGUAAUGCAGAUAGGGGCUAGGUUGAAUUCUGGAUUGAAAUAGUCUGUGCAGUUCUCAUAACUGAAUGUUUAGCUGUUAGUUUGCUGAAUGGCAUUCAUUGUUCGAGACAGUGGAGUGCUGCUCCUUUGUGAUGUUUUCCUGCCUAGACUUGGAGGCUGAUUGUACAUAUGGGAGUUAUGAAGUUCUUGGUGAUAUCCCAUGGGCCUUGCUUUGAUUGCAACAGUGCAGUUGCCUGUCUGUUUUCCUGCCACAGACUCAUUUCCAGGUGUAUUGCAGUAGUAUUGUUUAGGUGUCCAAAGGUAUAUUUAACUGUCCUUGGUGUUGCUGACAAUGCUGUUUGAUAGAAGGCAUCUUGGUAGCCAGGUAGCAACAAUGAGCAUUUACUAUUAGAUUUGAGCAGAUAAAGGCAAUAGCUUUACCCAGACUAGUUCCAAAGGAUUAAGUUCAGCAAAUCUAGGUUUAUGCUGUUCUGUCCUCCUGACGUUGCAACCACAGCAGCAGUGCUGUUUACCUUACCCAAGGAGGCUGAAUUGGGGUUCCCAUUAGCUUGAUCAUUUAAGAUUUGGGAUUGGGCCACCCAGUGUAGAUCUUUGGCAAGCAUCGGUACGAAGACAGUUCGUGUGACAGGGAUAUAUAUUCCCGUGUCACAUAUUUUCGCGAGUAGUCUCAUCCAAGUAAAAAUAACGGUGCUACAUUGGUUCCUAAUGGAUCAUUGGCUCACCCAGAGCACUUUGACGGAGAAGGUGUUCUGGAUAUCUAGCGUGCUCUGGAGAAUUUAUGAUCUAUAUGUAUUGUGCUGGGAUGAACAAAUGGAUCGUCUGCUGCCCAUGGCAUUUGAUGCUCUUGUCUACUUAUUAGUAAAAGGAAGCAUUGGUGCAGUUAUCACAGUUUCCACAGAACAAGGAAUAGUCUGUUCCAUUUGUUUUGAUAUGGGGAAUUCAUUAGUUUGAUAGGAAUGGGUAAGUUCAUUCUGUCGCAGCAUUUGUGAUGGCUGUCAGCAUUCUGCUAUUGGAGGAUGUCUCCUUGCACGGCAUUGGGUGUCUUGUUAAUGACAUUAGGAAGUCCAAAAGGGCCCACUGUGGUAAAAGGAUCACAUGCUGUUCUACACUCAAUACAGGAGCUGGUGUAAAAUUGUAAAAUUACAUUAAAGUACAUGAAAACCACAA